AUGAGACGCUUUAAGAUUCGAGUUUUUUCGUGGUCAAUUGCUCUCGACCUUCGAUCUGGGAACUCGUUACCUGAUGCUCUCACCCUCGUGCGCUGUUCCCUCUCUAUUGCCGUUCGCUCACCAAUGUCGUCCAUCUCUUCUUCUCCUCUUCUGUACUCCCCAGAGCGCUGGAUGCGGAUGCGCGUGUUCGAAACGUUCCUGAUCAAGAUUGCGGCUUCCGCGGUUGAGAAGGGGCAUGAAGCGAUGGCCAGGGCCCUGUGGGAGCAAGCACUCACCACACUGAUGCAGCCAGCUUCCAAGACCUUGAAGUCGGGCAAUCCCCCAGUAUGCCCCUUGUUGGUGGUGCGAGCGUGCGUGGUGGCGAGCUAUGCGUCGCAUUCAGUGGACCAUGGCGCAUCGGGGCACGCGCAUCAGUUUCUCCAGCAGCAGCUCUCGCCAGCCAAGGUAGCAUGGCUUAAGCCGACAAACUGCAGUGUCACCUCCCCCUUUUUCUUGUCACUCUCUGCUCCCGAGCGCCUCGUCAUCCAUGUUAUCCCUCUCUCUUGCUUCGCUGCCUACCUUUCUUUCCGCAUGCAGCCUGGGAGUGCUGUGGCGAGCAUCUGGGCUGCUGUUUCCGCAGCUCUGCACCUCGCUACCACCUACUCCAUCAAGCGAGACUCAUCCAGCAAUGCCAAGCCACCCCAGGGCGGCAGCAAUAAGGCCAAGGGCCGAAGUGGAGAAAACACGGAGGUGCAGGCGGAGAAGAUCGUGGGAGCAGUCCAAACGGCAGUGGCGGGAAUUAAGGCGCAGCUGGCUAGGCUGGGGAAAGCAGGGGAUGCAGGGACGCGAGAGUCGGAGGAAGGGAGUGAGAAGGAGCGGGCAGUGGCGUUGUGCCACGUGCUGGAGUGUGUGGAGUCAGUGGUGUCCGCGUUCGCCCAGCAGCAGUGGCAGGAGGAGAUGGCGCGGCGUGUGAAGGCAGGAACAGGUGGGGCGUGCAGCAGGAAAGGCUCCCAAGUGGAGCGGCUGUGGGCGUGUCUGCAAGACCUGCUGCUCUGUGUGGUGCCAGCUUCUGCUGCGUUCCACAGGCUGGCUGGUUCAGACCCAGACUUGCAGUACCUGUGCCAGCUCCGCUCAGCUGCGUCCAGCUCCCUCGCUGCUUACCGCCUGGCCCUGCUCUCGCCCCCUGCGGAGAAGAGUGCAGCGGCACAGCAGCUGAAGAAGCUAUUGGUGGAGGGGCAGAGCGGGGUGGUGGAGGAGAGGGACCGUGAGUGGAUGCAGUGUGUGGUGUACAACAUGGGCGUCAACUUCUACAAUGCCAACCGCUACACUGAGGCUGUAGAGCCGCUUGCAAUAAUCUUCGCGGCCAUCAAGGCGUCACCUCUGAAGCCCAGGCCAGAGCAGCAGGAGGGGGAGAAGGAGAAGAAGUGGUGCAAGGAGGUGCUGCAGCAGUGUGUGCGCUGCAACCUGCUUGCGCUCUCCCUCAGGCGCGCAGGGCAGCUGGAGCAAGCGCAGCAGGUGCUGGAGGAGGGGCUCCGGCGGUGGGCGGCGGAGAGGGUGGGCAGGGAGGGCGAGCGGGACGGCGAAGGGCAGCUGGAAGGGCCUGCCUUGCUGGCUCAGCAAUGGGGAAAGGUGCAAGCAGCGAGGAUGGAGGCGGGAGAGGAGCACGUGCCCCUGCACGCCAUUGAGGGCAUAACCAGCGACCCUGCCGCCCUGGAAGGGCUCAUGAUGCAGGUAGUGAGGGCGACCCGGUUGGAGAUGCAUCCAUCCCCACUGCGUGAGCUGUCAGCGUAUGAGGAGUACGGGCAGCAGCAGCAGCAGCAGCAGCGGUGCCUGGCAGCCCGCACAGACGUGCUACACCACCUCACCACGCACGUCCUUGCACACCGCCCCCAUACCGCCCUGCACCGCGCUGCUGCCUUGCUGGAGCACGCGCGCUGCCUGCGCCUCCUCUCCUCUGCACGGACUGCUACUGGCAGUGGAGUGGUGGAGGGGCAAGGAGGACUGGGGAAGGAUGGGGGGUCUGCAAGGGAGAGUCAAAUCUGGGACGGGCUGAAUACUGCUGUUGACGUCAUGGUGCGUGGCUGGCCUUUGUGUCAAGUUGGAGGCGUCUCCCGUUUGAAUCCCAAUGUUGCUAUGAAAGGCGAGCUAAAGACCAGAACCAGCGCCCUUUGUGGCAACUCAAAGGCGAAGGACCCCCUCACGUUGCUGAGCAACUGGGUGCGGCUCAGGGAAAAGAAGGAGCAGACGGGAAGCACCGGCGGUGCUGGAAGUGCGAGUACAGGGGCUGGUGAAGAGGGAGUGCGUGCGGUGGUGGAGGUGCUCCGAUGCUGUGCUGCUGCUCUCAGCGUCAGGGGCAUGUUCACGUACGAAAUGCAGCCAAGCAACCAGGCCUCAUCACACCACCUCAUGGCUCGCCAUCUAGCCCUGCGACUCGCAUGCUCCAGACGCCCUGCAUCUGCCUCUGCCUCUGCAGAACCUGGGAAGCAGCAGGAGAGUGCAGAGUGGGAAGACAGAGCAGAGGUGUACUAUAGGCUAUUCGGCAAUGCUCGGCCAUCACACAUGCUCUGCGCACUUGCUCUACCUUCCGACCUGCCUGCGGGACCUGCCUUGCAUGGGACAACAAGUGGCAGUAGUGACGAUCCGGACUGCACAGGGAAGGGGUGUGGAAACAAGGGCACGGGGGAGGAGCCGUGGGGCCCAGGGAGUGGGGAGUGGUCGCUUCUGAGAGCAGCAGUGGCGUUGCAUGGCGGAUGUAGCGAGGGGGAGAAAGUGGUGCAACAGCUGAGCAGCAUGCUGAAGAAUCAAGGCGACGAGACGGUGAAGACGGUGAAGGUUAUUGCCUUUCAGAGCGGGCUGCACUUCUUGCUCGCACACCAUCACAUGGCACGCGGCCUCGCCACCAAGGCGUACCACCAUGCGUCAGAAGCGUACAGGUGGCGCGUUGCCGCCUUCUCCCACGUCUUCACCCCGGCCUCCCGAGAGGCCAUCACUGCUGCCACUGACGCCGCCAUGCCGGCCCAUUCCGCUGCAACCUCUGCUGCUCCUGCCGCUUCCGCACCUGGAAACGCUGCUUCUGGCGCUGGCGGUGGUGCCGGUGCUGGUGCUGGUUCUAGUGGCACCUUCCUCACUGCUGCCUCUUCUGACGCCUCCCUCAUUACAUACGUGACGGCUCACGAAGGAUCUUUCGCCAGCGCUGCCACCGCAACCACCACCACCACUACCGGCAUGACUGCUGGAGGCGGCGUUGGAGGGGGCUGUGAGAAGCAGGAGGCGCAGGGCGGGAAGAAGCACGUGCCUGGGCUUCAGCACAGGGUGCAAGAGGGGGAGCACCUGGUGGCGACGCAUGAGGCCACGAGGGACAUGUGGCCUGCUGUGGUUGGCGGGCGGCAGGUGGACGUGGCAGGCAAUGGUGUUCCCAGUCCGUGGAGGCUCGUGGCUGAUUAUGUGGAUAGCCUGCACCAGCUGGGGAGCGUGUUCGAGCACCUGGGUAUGACUGAUGAGGCGGAACGGCGCUUCACAGAAGGCCUUCACAUUGCCCGUGCUCUGGCUCUCCCACAUGCCCAAGGCAUCUUCUCCUCUUCUCUCGGCCAUCUCAACCGCAAGUGCAGGAACUGGCACAAGGCCGAGCAGCAUCUCUCACAUGCAGCUGCUCUGCUGCGUGCUGCUCCCACCCACCCCUCCCACGCACACCCACUUGCCGAAGCCACCUGCCGAGGCUGCGCUUCCAUAGCUGAGUCGAACCUGCAGCAGAGGCUCGGGGACCUGGCUAGGCGGAGAGAUGAUCUGGAAGGUUUGGGGCUGCAAGGGGUGAAGGGCGGGCGUGAGAAUGCUGAGGAAGAGGAGGAAGAGGAGGUGAGCUCUGCAGUAAGGCCAUCAAGGAGGAGAGAGGGCGUAGGGGAGAAGAGAGGGAAGAAUGGUGGCGAUGAAAGGGGGAGUGGUGGUGAUGGGUGGGACGGAGCGGUUGAGCACUACAGCAGGGCUGAGAAGGUAGUAGGGCAGUUGGUGCCUUGGUAUGGCGAGGUGAGGCGGGCGUUUGAAGGGCAAGUGGAGGGGUUGAUGGGGGAGGGGUGGGAAGGCUCUGAUGGUCUACAGGAGGAGGAGGACGAGGAGAGGAGUGGAUGCUUUGGUGGUGCUGGUGGGGAUAUGGAUGAGGCGCCAGAGGAGAAGGGUGAUGUGCUGCCGUGCAAGCUUCUGCAGAGAUUUGAAGUGGAGGCACACGAGGCGGAGGAAGGCUGUGGGGAUGAGAGGCUGAAGGGCGGUGAAGGAGGGAGUGUGGAGAAAGGCGGGGCAGGGGAUGGUUAUGAUGCUGCAGGGGAGGAGGAUGAGGAGAUGAGCGCAGGGAAGGGGAAGGGAGGGAAAGGUAAGGCCACGGGUAAAGCCAAGGCCAAGGCUAAGGCUCCAGGGAGGAGGGCGUUGGGCGAGAUAAAGAUGAAUGGGGUGAAAGCGGAUGGGGCAAAGAAGUCGGGGCAUGACGUGGAUGGAAGCAGUGGAAGUCCGGGGCCGAAAUUGCAGACGCCAGCAGUUGAGGAGGCACAAGUGGUUGCUGCUGCUGCUGAGGCUGUACAGACGAGACAAGGGAAGGCACCUGGAAAGGUGCGAGCAAGAGGGAAAGCAGGCGGAAGUGAGAGUGAGAGGGGAGACGGGGAAGUCGAGGAGGGGAAAGGGAAUGGCACACAGAGCAAAGCGGUGGGAAUGGGAAGAAGAGGAAGCAGGGCAAGUGCAACAGGAGGGCGAGGACGCAGUAAUGCAUCUGUCAGGGGAGGGAAUAAAGCAGCUGGUGUAGACGGGGAGGAGGAUGAUGUUGUGGAGGUUAUUGAAUCAGACAGUGACGAGGAUAAGAGUGCAGCAGAGGAGGUUGCUGGGACAAAGCCAGCUCGCAGGAAUUCAAGGCAGGGGGUGAAGGCAGCUAAGGCAGAGAAGAAGCAGAAAGAAGAGGAGGAGGGAAAGGGGGAGGAGGAGGAGGAGGAGGAAGAGGAUGACAUGGCGGGUUUGUUUGGAUCUUGCCAAAAACGCGCUCUGAAACGAUCUGUGCGCACGCCAGCAAGCAGGGCGAGGAGGCGACAAGUGGUGGAGGAUGAGGCGGACGAGAGCAGUGGCGGUGUGGAGGAGUUUUUCAGUCCCGUGGAGAUUGCAAGAGGCGCUGAUACCACUGCCAGACCGAAGGAUGGGAGACAAGGAAGGGGGAAAUUGUGGGUAGAAGGGGUGGACGUGGGAUUGGAGUGGAGUUGGAGAGCUGAGGAAUGGAGGGCAAAGGAUGGGGCCAUGUGUGAGAAAGAGUGGUGGAGUGUGGGAGGGGCAGGGUGGGAGUUGAAGAAGGAAGUAGCUGGUGCAGGGGAGACGCAUGAAUGGGUGAAGGCAGCGUGGAUGGCGGCUGCAGUGGAGGCACUGGUCAACUCACUGCUCUCACAAGCGCGCUGCCACAUGGAAGCCUGCAAUUGGUCCGUGGCAGGCCACCUGCUCCGCAAGGCGCUGGCAGUGGUUGCAAGGAGCAGCAGCACCUCGCUGCACGCCCGCACAACCCUCCCCUCCAACGCCUGCUGCUCACUCCCCUCCGCCACGUCCCACUCUUCCUCCACCUGCCCCUGUGGGGAACCCUUUUCGGAUGGACCUGCAUCAGUGGGAAAGAUGGGGCAUUCUCAGCGGCAAGUGCGGGAGGAGCAGGGGGAGUAUGCGGAGCAAGGGUGGUUGCAGGACGUGCAGGUGUGCUGCCAGCAGCAGGCGAGCAGUCCUCUGGUUCGAGCUGCCCUGCUGCUGAACGUGGGGCGGCUGUCACUGCUGCUCCUGAACAGGCAGCACCGGGGGGGUGAUGCGGGAGUGGGGAGGUGGGAGGGGCUGAAUGUGGGUACAGUGACGCACUGGCUGCUGCACGCAGCUGCUCUCUCCUCCGAAGCUCCUCUGCUCUUCCGCAAGGUCGCGCACCUCAUCGCCACCACGUGCGCCACUCCCCUCACUGCCACCCAGCGCAACCACGACCCAUCGCACCCCCUGUCGCUCUCGCACCACAUUUCCCACCUCCGCGCCCUCUGCUCCUCACCAUGCCACUCUGCUGCUUCUGCUGCUCGUGGGGGCGGUGGUGCUGCUGGUGCUGCUGGUGCUGGUGGUGGUGCGUGUGAGUGUGACCCUGCGCUGCUAGGGGCUCUCUUCCACGCUGCUGCAGUGGGCGCCACCAGCCGCAUGCAGCAUGUGGCACAGCUCAUGGCGCAGCAGGGCAGGCAGGGCGAGGGGAAGGUGGUUACGAGCAGGGAGGCGGAUGGACGGGUGGAGGACAGGCAUGUGGUGCACGAGAGAAUGCUGGAUGCACUCAGGUUGCCCGUGUGCCCUCACCCUCGUCACCUCGCCCCCUCUCUCCGCGCCUUCCACCAGCACAUCAGCCGCCUCCCCUCCUCGUUUCCUGUCAUCCACGUGAGUGCUCUCGAAGGCGCGCCACACGCACACGGGGGUUUGGUGCCUGCGUUCCAAGGCCAGGCAGGGAGUACGAGUGUGGGGAAUGGCAGGGUGCGCAAGGAGGCGUCAUGCUUGCUGCUCACUCGCGUUGCUGCUGGCGCUCCGCCUCUGCUGCUGCUUGUACCGUGCACUGCUGCUGCCGCUGCUGCUGCUGCUGCUGCUGCUGUUGGUGGUGGUGAUGCUGCUUUCAGUGGUGGGGCCGUGACAGCAGGAGGAGCUGGGCAGGCCGGAUUGGGAGGUGGGAGCACGUGGGAGGAUGCAGGAGAGGAAAGCUGUGUGGAGGAGGGUCAAGGGAGUGCUAAUGGGCCAAGCAAGAAGGGAGGGCGAGGGCGAGGGAAAGGCAAGGCGGAGAGUAAGGAAGCAGCAACUGCAGGCAGAAGCAAAGAGGCAGGGAAGAAGGCUGCUGGGAAGGCCACUGCGAAGGCUGCUGCAGCAAAGGGGAAGGUAGGAAAGGGGAAGAAGGGAAAGCAGAAGGAUGAGGUUUCCUCUCGAUCUUCCUCGCCCUACUCCUCGCCUGUUUCUGCUGCCUCGUCCUGUGAGUCUGAGUCUUCCUGUGUCCGCGACCGGCCUACCAGACACGACCCCACAGCACAGCACAGGACAGCAGCUGCUUCUGCAGCAGUGGUAGCAGCAGCAGCGGUGGUGGCGGCGGUGGCUGGAAGGGUGACAGGUGGAGGGAGGGAAGGUGCAACACCAGCCACAGAUGCAGGGGGGCAGCAGGGGAGGCAGAAGGUGCAGUGGAUUGAGGGGCCGAUGCAGCAGACGAGGAGGGAAUUUGAGGCGAUUAUGAAGGAGAGCAGUGCGUCUAUGGCAGCGGGCACGAGUGCAGCAUCGAAGGAGAGCAAGGCAGCAUGGUGGAAGUGGAGGUUGACGCUGGAUGAGCGCCUGCAGGCCAUGCUGAGAGGCAUGGAGAGGCAGCUGCUGGGUCCGUGGGCGUUUCUGCUUCUCGGACAGCCCAGUGAAGGUGAUGCGGCUGAUGCUGCUGAUGGUGGGUCCGUGGCUGGUGGUGUCUUGUCGGCAGCGGGAAGGGAGCUUGCGCGGGUUGCUGGCGUUAAGGCUGGUGCUGGUGGUGGUGGAGAGGGGUGGGGUGCGGUAGCAGGGUGUGAGAGGGCGAGUGGGGCAACGGAGUGCAGGUGUGAUGACCCUGUGUGCUCGCUGGUUGCUGCACAGCAGUCCCUGCAGCUGCAGCGUGCAGCCUUCCUCAUUCACCUGCUGUUCCGUGCUGCUUCUGCUGCUGGGACAACGCACAAGGCUCCUAACACAGCUGCUGCUACCUCGUUGGCUGCAUCUGCAACUGCCUCUGCUGCCCCUGUUGCUGUUUCCUUUUCACUGGAAGAGCUUGCUGCUGCAGCUCACCAGACACUCUCAGCAUUGCUGCUGUUGGAAGGGGGAGGAGGGCACAUGUGUGCGAGAGCAGCUGCAGCGGUGGAGGCACAAGGAGAGAAGAUGAGGCAGAUCAUUGACAGGGCCCUUCAGGAAGCAGCAGAGGCUGCUCCUGCAGCUGCUCCUGCUGCUGCAGGUGGAGGAAAGGGAGGGGGCGCUGGUGGUGGGGCUGCUGUGAGGCGUGGCAGCAACGGGAAUGGGGCGCGAGGGUCGAAGAAGGUGGAGGUGCAGUUGAAGGAGAUGGGUGGAGGGAAGCGUAUGGUGCAGUGGCAACCGGUGCAGCUGAUUCUUGACAGCGCCAUACAGGCACUGCCAUGGGAGGGCCUGCCGUGUCUGGCUCAGCAGCGCAUCUACCGUCUGCCCUCCUUCACUGCUCUGCUCUCCCUGCUCACUCACCACCAGCACCACCAGAAGUCGCAGACGCAGCAGCAAGGGAGGGUCAAAGGGAGGAAGCAAGGUGUUGGAGUGGGUGGGAGUGGGAAGGCGGGGCAGGGAGCAGAGGGGCAGGUGCGGGUGAGUGUGGACGCGAGGAGUGAGUUUUACCUGCUCAACCCGUCUGGGGACCUCAAGUCCACUCAGGGCACGUUUGAGGCGUGGUUCAAGCAGCAGCGCACAUGGAAGGGCAAGGUGUGUGAGGCGCCAUCAGAGGAGGAGUUCAUGAAGGCACUGGAGCACUACAGCCUCUUUGUCUACUGCGGCCAUGGCAGCGGUGAGCAGUACCUGCAUCGCUCGUACCUCAAGAAGAUCUCUCGCUGUGCGCUCUCUCUCCUCAUGGGCUGCAGCAGUGCGCGCCUCUCCCCCCGUGGCGACUACGAGCCCCUGGGCGUGCCCCUCAACUACCUGGCUGCUGGCUGCCCUGCCAUCGUGGGUAACCUAUGGGACGUCACAGACGGGGACAUUGACAGGUACUCACAGCGGAUUUUGGAGAGCUGGGUUGGGAAGGCUCGGGUGGUGGGGAGUGGGAGUGGGGUUAGGGAGAGGGAGAAGCGUGGGGGUAGUGCGUGUGAGUGUGAGAAGGUGGAGCUUUGUGAGGAAGGGGAGGGGGGAGGUGGGGAGAGGGGGGAUUCGGUGUUGGUGCUUCCGGAGUGCAAGUGUGUGUGUGUGGGAGGGACUGUGGCGGAAGCGAGGAGUGUGUGCCGGCUGCGGCAUUUGAUUGGGCUGGCUCCUGUGUGCUAUGGAGUGCCGUGCUCCCUGCAACCAGCAGAGCCCACAUGA